AUGGUUAUUAGUUCGUCUUCUGAGGCUUCAUAUAAUUCCAGAAAUAAUCAAACGGUUACUGUUUCCACUGCAGGGAUAAGAGCAUUGGUUUAUCAAUUACAGUCAUUAUACUUGAGAACUCCAGUUAAACUAUUUAGACCUUCUAGAUUUGACUAUUUGGCUUACGUUCGAGAAUUGGCCAAUAAACAUGAUAACAUCCACUCAAAACCUUACAGCUUUAGAACCCAUUCCUCGAUUGGAAUGCUUAUAAACGUUAUUAAAAAGGAAGGUUGGAGAUUUAUUCCUGAACAAGUUUUACCUCCCCUUUUAGCAAACUCGGCAACCGGUUUGAUAUUGUAUGGUACCUAUUUAACCGCAUUAGAUCAUUUCAACUCAAAUCAUAACUUUGAUAAAAAUCAAUCGCAAUUAAGAAAUUCUUAUUUUACAACUGUUGAUACUUUUAAAGCUGGUUUUAUAGCAGGAAUUGCACAAUCCUUAGCAGCUGCUCCUAUUGAUGCAAUUUAUACUAGACUGUCUGCAGCAGAAAUGUUAAAUAACGAACACCAAAGAAACUUAUGGAUUUAUGGUCUCAAUAAAUUGAAAGAAAUCGGUUUGGUUGGGGUAUUUGCAGGAUAUGGAUUUUCAUUAAUUAAAGAGAGUUUGGGUUUCGCCUUUUAUUUUUCUGCUUUCGAAACAGUUAAAACUCAGGGUUAUAAUUUAACUUAUAAAAUGAUUAAUUCUUAUCAAGGCUUCAAAAAGUCUUUGAAUGACAAAUUUACCUACAUUGGUAUAAUUUCAAAGGCUCCUCAAGUUGAUCAAAAUAAAGUAAAACUAGAAGAAAAAAGACUGACAAAACUUUUAAAAUCGACUUUUGUAUUAUUGGCCGGAGCAUCGGCUGCAUUUUCACUUUUAGCUAUUCAAUACCCUUUAACAAAAGUUCAAAAAAUUCAUUUGUCUAGAUUAGAAGCCCUAGAUGUUUAUAAUGCCUCAAGAAACUCAAGAAGACCAUUCAUUAAACUUUACUAUAAUUCAUACAUCGAUACCUAUUUACAGGUUAUUAAAAUGAAACACAAAUCAAAAUUAUCCUGGUUUAACGUAAGUUAUAAAGGAUUCUUUAGAUACGCAUAUACAACUAUUCCAAGUACAACUAUUGGGUUACUCGUCUUUGAAAUUAUGAGAACAAAGUUGAGCGAUAGUCUCGAAGAUGAAGGUGUUUUGGGUCCAAGCUAA